UGGAAUGGGCUGCCCAGGGAGGUGGUGGGGUCACCAUUCCUAGAGGCAUUUAAGAGAUGUGUGGAUGUGGUAUGUAGGGAUGUGGUUUAGUGGUGGACUUGCAGUGUUAGGUGACAGUUGGAUUUGAUCAUCUUGCAGGUCUUUUCUAACCUAAAUGAUUCUGUGAUUCUAAGUUUGUGUCAUCCUAGUGAGAAUCAAAAAGGGGUCAAGAACAAAGAAAUCCCGUAGUCAUUCUGGUGCGUUACAUUGUCAUGUUCCAGCUGUGUUCAUCCAGGCUCUUCCAUCACCCAAGCAGGUUGUUCUGUGAUGUCACUUGGUGCUGCUUGGAUACUGUACGGUGCUAAUGGUAUACAGGGGGUCUACCCUCAAUGGCAUGGAGGGUUCUGAUGAUAAGGGGAGUGUCCAGGGACGGGAGGGAUUACGACUGGAUGUAAACCCUGUCCCUGUAAUGGCAGCAAGUUUUUUGCAAGAGGAAAGUCUUAAAAACUUCUAGUCACUAACAACUUGAUGACCAUGUCUUCCUUGCCUCCAGGGACUUUCGGUGUCCGCCUUUGUCUGGCUGAAACUAAUGAAAUGUUUUCCCUGCCUCAGUGCCAGAAUGACUUGACUCUGAAGAAGCUUAAGUCCCAUUUAGAAUUAUUAACUGGGAUCCCCCUUCACUUCCAGCGGCUUCAAUACCUGGAUGAAAGUGAGAAUGUGUAACCUUGGGUUUGUGGAAGUUUUUCAUUGUGUCUACCUCUUAGUUACAGCUGUGUUGGAUCUGCUAGAUGAUUCUACAUUUAAGGACAAUGAUAUUGUCCGUGGUGGAACAAUUACGAUGCGCAUCUGGAGACAAGAUGGCUGGGGGCAUCUUGUGGCAGCUGCUGCGAAAGGAGACACUAUGAAGCUCGCCCAUCUGGGAGUUACAGAGGAUUUUGCUGGCACCACACCAUAUGCAGAAAUACUGGGACCAGAGCAGAAAAAGGAAUGGGUAGCGCACCGAGCUUUUGUGGCACUGUUUGUUGCCAGCCAUAGAGGCCAUGUUAAAACUGCCACGUUUCUCCUGAGACAUGGUGCAGAUGUGCAUUCCAAAACCCCGCUAGGAAGGACUGCUCUUCAUGCAGCUGCUGUCAUGGGCCGUUGUGACUGCAUUGAGCUGCUCCUUAGCUGUGGGGCACGAGCCCUUGACCCAGAUAGCGAGGGACAGACCGCAGUGAGCCUCGCCCGCCUGUGGGGCCAGCAGCAGAGCGAGCGCACGAUGGUACGCUUCCAGUGGCGGAGGAAGUCGGCUGCUGCUGUGCUUCCCUCCAGCUCUGAGAGUCAGGCUGUGCAGGAGACGUCUGGCCACGCGUCCUAAAAUACAUAUGGCCUAACCUGGUUCUGGCAGAUUUCAAGGGACAGUGAAUUUCCCAAAGACAUGCUUCAAAUACAGGUCACGAGGUGGGGUUUGUAGGGUUUAGUUAUGAAAUAAGGUCAUAUACUGGUGAUGCUGCAGCUAAGAUGACAGCUAGCUUGACAGCACCGCUCGCAAACACGCUCUUAAUUUAUAGCUUGAAUUUUUAUAAAAUUGUUCCAUAGCCAAACAGGUCAUUUGGUUAAUAACAGCUUGUAGGAGAGCCUGAGGGAGGCUGUCUACAAGUUCUUUGGAGUGCUCCUUGCUAGGGUAGUUUCCUAAUAGUUGGCAACAGACCAGAGUGAUGUAGUGUAAUGGGUAUUUCAGGGGAUUGGAAAUCCCUAGAUCUUUAAUUCACUUCUGGCCCUGACUGGCUUUAUUGCCUCUAGCAGAUCAGUUAAGGGUUGUUUUGUAAAUAGGGCACUUGGUCUGCCAUGGGAGGGUGCAGGCAAAGUUAAUGUGCAUGGAAGUGGCUAAUUAUGAUUGCUCGGAGUCAGAAUCGGUGCUUUCUUAGAACUUCCAAAAUCAUAAGCCUCAGGGACUUGAAGACUGGGAUUUCUUCAAGUCAGUGAUUUCCUGUCCAUCUGCUUUUAGACUUAGUAUCCCACGUUCCUUAGAUGCUUAAGUAAAAAUACAACUCACGGUCUAAUUACAUCUCUCUGAUGAGUAGAAGGAAGCUGAGUUUCUGGUCUGUUUCUUGAGGGCUUAUUAGUGUUUCAGUGCUCCUUCUUCAGCAGUUUCCAUUGUUUUGCUUAGAGAGGCUUGGGUGGAUUUUUUUAAUUUUAUUUAUUUUUUUCCUGAAGAGCUCAGCACUUGACUUUCACUUAACCAUAGAAGAGGCAGUUCUCAGUGGGACAAGCAUUUAUGAGAACUUGGCCUGUUGCUUUAUUUAUUUAUUUUUUGCUUGCAAAGCCCAGCACACAGCCUGUGGAGACUCUACAAAUAACUGACAUAAGUUGGUUUUGGUUCCUUGUGGCAGAGGUGUUUUGUUUG